UUAGAGGAGCAGAGAGCAGCAGAGCCGUCGGUGCUCCGCUUGUCUGUGUCGGCGGGAGAGACGGGCAGCAUAACUCAGGAUUCAGCGAAGAUGGAAAUAAGUCUCUGUUUUCGAUUAUCUCCCUUGUGCGCCUUCACAGCCGUGUUGUAACCUUCGCGGCGACUUGAUUGUGUUUUGUACAUUUUUCCCCGUUUUUUUUUUUUUUUUUGGAACCAGCCAAGCGCCAGCUAGCUUAGCGGCCAAUACUGUCAGACAAACACAGGUACAAGGAGAGGAGAGAGGAGGUUGACAAAGGAAGGUGGCGAGGAAACGAUGAACCGCUUUCGAAAGUGGCUGUACAAGCCUAAGAGGACGGACCCUCAGCUCCUGGCCCAGUUCUACUACGCUGAUGAAGAACUGAAUCAAGUGGCCACCGAGCUGGACGGCCUCGAUGGCAGGAAGGACCCUCAGAGAUGUACCCUGCUGGUCAACCAAUUCCGCUCUUGUCAGGACAAUGUGUUGAACAUUAUCAAUCAGAUCAUGGAUGAAUGUAUCCCCGACGACCGGGCCAACAGAGACUUCUGCGUCAAGUUCCCCGAGGAGAUUCGUCAUGACAACCUGGCAGGGCAGCUAUGGUUUGGGGCCGAGUGUUUGGCUGCCGGCUCUAUCAUCAUGAACAGGGAGAUAGAGAGUAUAGCGAUGAGGCCCCUGGCUAAGGACCUUACUCGCAGCUUAGAGGAGGUACGUAACAUCACCAGAGACCAGGCCCUGAGAGACCUCAACUUGUACUCAGACCGAAUGAAGGACGCUCUGCGACAUUUUGACAGCCUUUUCGCUGAGUUUGAGCUCAGUUAUGUGUCAGCCAUGGUGCCUGUGAAGUCUCCCAAAGAAUAUUAUGUACAGCAAGAGGUGAUUGUGCUCUUCUGUGAGACUGUGGAGAGGGCCCUGAAGCUGGGCUACCUCACACAGGACUUGAUCGAUGACUAUGAACCCGCUCUGAUGUUUACAAUUCCCAGACUAGCCAUUGUGUGUGGGCUGGUUGUGUAUUCAGAUGGGCCUCUCAACCUUGACCGAAAACCAGAGGACAUGUCCGAGCUCUUCCGACCGUUUCGCACUUUAUUGAAGAAAAUCAGAGACCUGCUGCAGACCCUGACAGAGGAGGAGUUGAUCACACUGGAGAAGAAUCUGUGUAUCUCUCAGGAUGGGGAGUUGUCCACGGGCCAGGCACUGGCCACAAACAGCUCACAAUCUCCAGUCCAAGAGAAUCACUCAUCUUGUAAACCCUCUAAUGACACCUCUAAGGGGGAGAGUGAGGGGGAGCAGGAGCAUCUGGCUCUGUUUGUCUGUCCCAGCCAGGAGGAGGAGCAGACGGAAGUGGAAAAGGCCUGGGAGGAGGUGGAAACAGAGAGGGGGGAGGAAGAACAGGAGCAGGGCCUGCUGUGUGAGGAGGCAGAGGAAGCUGAGUUGGCCUGCUCCAUGCAGUACGAUGAGGAGGAGCUGGAGCAACUCAACAUGAUGGUGUACCGCGUGGGAGACGAGAUGUCCACCCUGCUUUCGCCUCCCAGCCAGGGUCAGUCCCCGGCACACCAACCAGGCAGAGGAGACUCCAGCGGGGCUUCCAGCUCAGAGGCCUCACCUCGAAGGCUCCUGGUGAGCCGGGGAAGGACAGGCUUCUAUGUAGAGGAGGAGGACAGGGUCUUCCUGAUGGAGGACCUUGACGCAGCAGGAGACAUCACCAGCAUCUCAAGAGAGGCGUUUAGUUGUGUCGCCUCUCCAUCCAAAACACCUUCUGCAGUUCGCCCUGUGCAGCGUAAACCAAGCCCACGGCUAGACUCUAACAGGAAUGGCUGGUUAUCUGAGGCCCAGUCAGAGCAGCCAUGCCCACAGCCACGGAGCCUCAACGGACACUGUCCUCAUGCAAAGCCACCUCCUUGCACCUCUGCUCCUGGCUCAGAACCUCUGCCUUACACUAAUGGAUGGGACAUGGGUUUGGAAGGGACAGCGUCUGAAACAGCUGAGGUCAUUGCCCACCGCAUGGGUGGGAUGAAGCUGUCCGCCACGGUCAUCUUCAACCCUCACUCCCCAAGCUUGUCAGAGCUGGCCGUGGACAAGCUGCUUCUGCCGCGGCCUGCUCCCUCUGAGGUCGAGCCAUGCGGUCCCCUGGUGGCCACUCACUGCCUGCUCAACUCUUGUGUCUGCUGCGGGAGCUGCGAGGACGGCCAUGAGGACGCCAUCACCACUGAGAACACUGGACUCGGGUUAGGACUUGCCCUGGGGUUGGACAAACACUGUAAGAUGGCAGCCCCCAGCACUGUCAUCCAGUCCUCUGCCUGCCGGCUUCCCCCACGAGGUCACGAGUCUAAUAAUAAGGGAGGGCUUGCCCAGUUUACUCCCCCUUCCUCUCGCUCUUCUGCAGAAACACUGGACGAGGAUUCUAACUAUCAGCUCUGUGAGAAGUGCCUGUUGGAGCCUAAAGUGCCAGGGCACCAUGCACAGGACUGUGGCAUCAGCAAAGGGGAUGGAGCCUCCCCCUUCAACCACCAGUUGGAGACAGAGAAGAGGCAGCAGGCCAGUGGAGGCCGACAAAGGGACAAAGAUACUGAGAAUGACAGGUUGGGAACUAGAGACUGGAAGAGGGAUACCAAAGAGGACAGCAGGAGAAGCUCCAGUUUUCAGAGUUCCCCCCUCAGCUCUGUGUCAGGUAGUGACUGUGAGAGUGUGUCGGUCACCACAUGUAGUCUGUCAAGCAGUGCGUACACUCCCAGCCCUGUUAGCAGUUUGACACCCAGUUCUGGUACGUCUGAAGACCAAGACCAUCAAGAGAUCCAGUUGGCCCUGCAAGAGGCUAAGAUGGCUGCCAGGAACAAGAUCCGAUCCCGUUUCCACAGCAGCAGUGACCUCAUCCACCGUCUCUUUGUUUGUAUAUCAGGUGUUGCUGAUCAGCUGCAGACCAAUUAUGCCAGUGACCUUCGCAGCAUCCUGAAGACUCUAUUUGAAGUCAUGGCAACAAAGUGUGAGCAGGGAGACAAUGAUAAUCAAAAGAAAGCAGGUCCCGUCCUGCGUAGUGCCGUCCUCGAGGACUGUGCUCUUUGUCAGGAGACCAUUUCCUCAUCAGAAUUGGCAGCAAAGGCCCGGGAUGGCCAGUUCGAAGACCCCCCGGACUGGGUCCCUGAUGAAGCCUGUAACUCCUGCGUUGCUUGCAAGGCUCCCUUUACCGUCAUCCGCAGAAAGCAUCACUGUAGAAGCUGUGGAAAGAUCUUCUGCUCUCGCUGCUCCUCCCAUUCUGCUCCUUUGCCCCGGUAUGGCCAGGUGAAGCCUGUCAGGGUUUGCACACACUGCUACAUGUUUCACGUCACUCCCUUCUACAGCGACAAGUCCGGCAUCUAACCGCUGAUGAUCACCAAAAGCACAAAGUAGAGAGAAAAUGCAACAGACAUGUCCAAGGCUGUGUACAAAGCAGACUGCUCAUUGUAACAGCUCAGCAAGGCUUCAGGGUAAGACCAUACAGAUGACAGAACAGAGACAGGAGACGCACAGCCGCGAGUCACCCUGUUCCUGUUGCUUCACAGGGAUCGGUGCAUCACUGCAAACCAAAGGGUUUGAUUUCAGCGCAAAGUCGACACACAAAUGAUUCACAAAUGCCUGACAGACUGUAGAGGUGCAAAAGGGAGAGUGCAUGAACAGGCAGUAACAGAUUUUGAACUGGCAAUGUGCAACAGUCCUCUGUACCAUUUAGCAGCACAAAAUCAAAGCUGGCUACCUGGUUUGAUCCGUUGCUUUUGGUAUAAUUGAAAGGAAAUGUGACAAUUUUUUAAAUCAUUGCUUUAGUGAGCUUCCUACUUUUGUGCCAGAGCUCCAGCAGGACUCAGAUUACACUAAAGAAUGUAAGUCAUGAUAACUAUGUAAAUAAGGAUAAAUCUGGUCAAAGCUACACUACAAUGUCUCCAGUACACAGCUACUACUUAUAUGGGAACUGGAGAGCAAUCAUCACCAGGCUUCCAGUCCCAGCAAAGCAAAAAUGAACAACUGACAGCUUUUAUAAUGAGAUUUCUCCAUGCUCUUACUGGCAAUGAAUGUGUAAUUCUGUAUCACUUGGCAGGAUGGGGUCUAACGCGUUCCAACACGUUUACCUCUUGAUGGCAGCAGGCAGUGCCUUUUGCUUUUAGAGUGAUACAACGGCAUGUUUAGUUUUCUCUGGGGACUUAGCUGCACUCUGAGAUAGAUAAAAGGGAUUCCUUAGUCAUCACUUGCUUUGUUUACAUGAACACAGAUAAUUGGAAAGCAUGAUCAGAGUAAAAUGCUUCAUAUACACACGUCAAUCAGAAGAGACUGAUCCGAUCUGGCCUUUUAGGAAAUACAUUUCAUUCAGAACGAGAGGGGUGGUUUAUGCAGAUUGUUGUUCAGAUCAAUUUUCAUGUACACCGUCCAACUGUCAGGACUUGAAGACCUGGUUGACCUCUUUUUACUCAGUGCACCCAUCACCAUGUUGUGUGCAAUUUGUUCUGAACCAGAGGCUUCUUCAGGUGCUGGCCUGCAGACUACAGGGAGGUUAAUGCCCAAUGAGUUCUCUUACAAACACUAGAUAUAGUGCAAUAUUAUGACAUAAUUAUCAAUGAUACCGCACAUUUUCUAAACAGCCUUUUGAAAUAGAAAGCCAUUUCUCUUCGAAAAUGUUUAAUUCGGGUUUACACUAAAUUAUUUCUUUGGGUCUUAUGGUACAGGAGCAGAUAUUUUGCUCAUGGCUUCCUUUUUCUGCUGUUGAAUCUGCUUCCACUGCAAUUACAGCAUAUAAUGUUUCUUCCAUGCUCAGUAAGUAGGUACAUCUGAAUGGUCAAAAUUGACUAAUCUAAAAUUAUAGCCCCAAGAUAUCCCAUUAUGUCCAUUCUGCUCUGACUCUAAAGCAGUUUCCUCAGGCAUAACAUAAUCAGAGUCAUUUACUCUUGUCUGAUCAGCACUACUUCGUCAAAUGACGUAUAACUUACUUUGAGAAGGUUUGUGUUUUUCUUUUAUAAAGAAAAAAAAUAUGUAUGAAGCUAUAAAUACCUUUAUGUAAAUUACAAGGAAACAUGUAGUAAUUAAAGGGCGGGAUAUCCUUUUAUUGUUUAAAAGCUUGGUCUUAUUUUGUAAAAAAAAAAAAAAAAAAGAAAUUAUGGACAUUUCCAUGAUAAGAGCUGUGUGAAAUAUUCAACAAACAAAUAAUGUUCUAUAGUUUUAAAUGCAAUGUAUAUUGAAAUAAAUUACUUUUUCCUGUUUAAAAUGA